GUGAACCAUACGAGAAUGGCUGUUCCAGUAUUUGAAUCGCUUAAAGAGUAUUUUAAAAAGAUAAAUUUGAAAGAUACCAAAGUAAUUCAACACUUGGCUGUAUUCAAAACCGCAAUAACGUCGUUAUGUUUUCAUGACAAUCGUUCCAAAGAAACAAUCUUCAGUAGAGCGUUUGUUAACCGUUAUGAGUAUAAAAUCAAGGAAAAGCUCUCCACAAGGUAUAGUGACGGAGAUGAAAUGCCAGUAACAUGGAAAGGAAACCAACCAGCUGAAUUUAUCCCUUCAGUUAGCCUGCCGGUUUUAAGAUUGCGAGGAGGAGCUAAUGGAGACGACGAAAAGUGGUUGUGUGACAUUUGUGGGAAGUUGCUCGUCUCCAAGAGAAAUCUUGACGUACAUAUGGAUUCUGCUCAUGCUACGGACCCAGAUUUCACCUGUGUUACAUUACCUGAUGGGCUCUCAAAGUGGAAGUGCAGUUUGUGUGGCAGUCUUCUCUCUUCAAAGCAGCGAGUGAUUUCACAUUUAAUUAAAACUCAUGGUAAAACAAACCUUGGCGAGAAAGAACAUCAACAAACCCUAAAUUCCCGAACGAGAUUGUGGAGAAGAAAGUGUUCAGCUAAUGGCUCUUUUGUUCAAGGACAAAACUCUUCUACUGCUUAUCUGGAGGAAAAUUUAAGCUUUAACUCUGAACAUUGCUCAGCUAUUUCAAAUGAAUCACCUAGACAGGAAGAUGCAAGCUUUGUCUCAAGUUUCUAUCAGUCAAUUUCAGGAAAAGAAUAUUUACACUUUUUAGCUCAUAACAGCACUUGUGAUGCUGAAAUUUCAAGACAAAGCUCACAUUGUUACAACAAAGGGAACAGUGCCCAGAGUGUUGUUACUCAUUGCCCAGCUUCUGAGAAUUUAUAUUGUGACCCAGUUAUUUGUGUGGAUGUAACAUACUCAUCAGACUCAGACUGUUCCGCAGCCAGUUGCACUGAUUAUAGUUCCUCUGAAACAGAGCAAUCGACAUCCAGUAGUGAAUCAGACUCAGGAGACCAGGAGACAGACUUAGUCUCAGAUACUUCUGUUGACAUGACCCCGUCACUAGUUAGUGAAAAGGAGAAACUGAGCAUACUAAUUUUAUCAUACAUUGCUAAACAUAAAUUAAGCGGCUCUGCUUCUGUUGACCUGUUAGAUCUUCUUAAAUUCAUUGCCCCAAAAGAUAACACCUUACUGUCAUUGACACUCAGUGAGAUUAAAGAAACACUAGGAGAUUGCAUUGUUAACGUCUUUGAUUAUUGUGGAAAGUGCUUUUCGAUUUUUCCAAAGGAUGAGAGUGUUUACCGGUGCAAUACAACAGACAAUGGGGGAAACCAAUGUGCAGAUUUACGUUUUGGUGGCAAUUUGGGUAAUCAGGCUAAAAAGCAGAGGAACUUGUACUUUGUGACUGUUUCAAUUGAACAGCAGUUGACAAAACUUCUGGAGCGCAACAGCAUCUGGAUGAAAAUUCAACAAUAUAAAGACACACCAAACUGUUCAUCAAAUAUCAGGGACAUUGUUGAUGGAACAGUAUACAGGAAAUUUAAAGAACCUGGAGGAUUUCUCUCCAAUAAAGCCAAUUUAACUCUACUUUUUAAUACAGAUGGCAUACCAUUAUACAAAUCUUCAAAGGUUAAUAUUUGGCCUGUUUUCCUUGCCAUAAAUGAACUUCCUCCAGAAGAACGGUUUGCAAAGAAGAACAUGAUACUCUGGGGAUUAUGGCAAGGGAAGGGAAAACCCAGGUUUUCCACUUUUUUUGAGGUGUUUACAGAUGACCUUAUCCGACUGAAGUGUAAAGGUUUCACCAUCUCGGAGAAAUGCAGUCCUAAAGUUAUGCUUGCACUUGGCACUACAGACCUACAAGGUAAAGCAUACCUUAUGUACAUGAGUCACCAUAAUGGUAUCAAUGGUUGCAUUACCUGCGAAGAGGAAGGUUUUGUUACAAAGCAAGGCAAAGGACAUGUACGUUGUUAUCCUUUCAAAGAUCCACCUGCCCCAUUAAGAACUAGUGAAAGUGUGGUUGAGAAUUCUUUGUCUGCUAUGGAAAGUGGUCGCAGAGUGAGAGGUUUCCAUGAUGUGACACCAUUGGCAAAGCUUCCUUGGUUUGACCUGGUACUUGGAAUUGUCCCAGACUACAUGCAUGGUGUCUUACUGGGUGUAACAAAACAACUUCUUAAUCUUUGGUUGUCCUCAUCAAAACAUAAGAAGCCUUGGUUCAUUGGACACAAAACAAAAACUAUUGACAAAAGACUGAAAGAAAUGAAACCACCUGACUUUAUACAAAGACUUCCGCGACAACUGGAAACAAGUCGAGCUUAUUUCAAGGCAUCUGAACUACAAGCAUGGCUUCUUUUUUAUUCUAUACCAUGCCUCAUUGACAUUUUACCAGAAAAGUAUUUGCAACAUUUUGCUUGCCUAGUAGAAGGUAUUUACAUACUACUUGGAGAUAAUAUAACACCAGAUUUACUAUCUUUGGCUAGAGAUGUUUUAUUCAGCUUUUACAGGGAUCACCAGGUUCUUUAUGGGGAUAGCAACUGCAGUCUAAAUGUGCAUAAUAUUGGAGCACAUUUAGUGACUUAUGUACAAGCAUGGGGGCCCCUUUGGGCAUGGUCGUGUUUUCCUUUUGAAGAUUUAAAUGGAGCCCUACUAGAGAGUGUUCAUGGGACAGGAAACCAGUGUCGCCAACUUAUUUGGAUGAUGUAUGCUCAAAAUUCUCUCUGAACCAAAUGCCAUUUAAUUACUGAAAUCAAUGUACGAUGCUUUGUGGAGCAAAUGCUAUCUGGUGAGAGAAGCCUACGAAAUGUGAAGGAUGCGGCAAACUGUCAAGUUGCAGGAGCCCAUAGGAAGUGGGCAGUCAACAAUGACAUUUAUAAACAGGCAUCCUUACUACUUCCUUCAAGUUACACCGAUAGACCAGUCUUUUUAGAAGCAAAACGUGUGAUUGUAAAUGGUCAUGUCAUUUACUCAAGGAUCUAUGAAAGAAUGAGAAAACAUUGUCGAUUUGCAGUUCUUGUGGAGCAUAAUGGAGGGAACUACAUGGCUUUUGUUGAAUACUUUUUGUUUGAGAGUAAUGUAAAAACCGUUUUUGCUGUAAUUAAGCCCAUUAUUUUAGAUUUUGAAAACCCUUUCCUUGUGUGUGAUAAAGCAAAGCACCUCCUCAGAGUUGCAGGUGAAGAUGACAAGUACACUGUUGUCGCUGUGGACUGUAUCCUUGAGAAAAUCAUUUACCUUUCUGGCAACCCAAACAAUAGGUGUGUUGCUACGGCUCCAAAUUUCAGCGGUCAUUGUCGAUAAAGUUGUUUGUAAUUUACAAAAAAAGUGAGUCAUUUACUUAUUUAUCAUUGUACUUGUAGUAUUAAGUAUCUUUCUGUAAAGUUUGCUCUUCAUGAUGUGAGGCCUCAAAAGCAACCAUUCUCAAGGUUUCAGAGGUAGUCACAAUGUGAUUCAAUAAUUCUUAAGAAAAAUUUGGACUAAAAUACGAGGGAAGACAACAGAAACAAGCUGUAAGUUCUAGUUGUAUCUUGUAUUUUCAUUCAUGUAAAUUCUUUUAUGCAAUUUUCUAUUCAAAACUCUGCAGUGAAGAGAAUUUGUCAGAAUUUUUAAAUUGAUUAUGAGAAACUUAUUUUCGUAAAACCAGUGGUAGUCAUUGACUAGAUGACUGUAUAAUCAGACAAAUCUGCUAAUAGAUUUUUUAAUAGUGGCUUUGCUUAAUGAAAAAAAAUCAGCUCACUGAGAAUUCAUUUUUCAAUGACAGGUGACUUAGAACUGUACAUCAAGCGUACCUGCCCAAAACUGGUUAAUCAAUUUACUCAGGGUUUCCUGCAACAUUAUUUUAAAUAUCAAAUCACUGAUCACCAUUCCUAACAAAAAAGAAAAGAUCUCACUGAUCUUGAAAAGGUAGAUCUAGAAUUUUAUGCUAACCCAUAAAGGUAAAACCCCCCCCCAAAAAAGGAAAGAGCCAAUGAUAGUUGUGUAAAUGUUACUACUUUUUAGUUUAUCAAGCGAUAAGGUGAAGUACUUCUUUUCCUAUUCUAUUUCAAGAUUUUGAAAUAAAAUGAAACUGACCAAGCUGACAAUUUCUCUCAGGUUUGCUAUUAUGUAAAUUAGUUGUUAACUACUUCCAGCUUAUUCCAGUUUUCUGCAAGCAAUGCAGACUGGAAAAAGCUGUCAAUUUCUAGCAGCAGCUAAUACAUGCAUUAAAUUCCAGCUAUUUCCAGCUUUUGAAAGAACUUAAAACUUGGAAAAUCUGGAAAAAUAUCUUCUAGGAAAAAGCUAGAAUAGGAUUCUGGAAUAAAACUGUCAUAUUCUAGAAAUUUCUAGAAACUUCCAGAAAUUAACAGAAAGCUGGAAAUUGGUUUCGCAAGGAUAUAAUCUUUAUUGAGAGGAAAUAAACUACAACCCAUUUCCUUCUUUUUCUCCUAGUAGGAUCACAACCUAAGGUACAAUCAGUGGAAGAAGAACAUGGAAAAUGCUGAUCAAUCCCUCAAGAUAUUGCAUAGUGGAGUUCAGAAUUAGGGCAUACAGUGUAUUGUGAAAGAAUAUAGCUUCUAUUGUACCUUAUUGUCAUUAUACAAAGAAAUGUAUACUAUUUUGUAGGGAAGUGCUGAUGGAGUAUUGUAAUGCUGGUUUUAUGAACGACGGUGAGCACAGUAUGGCACUCCAUUAGGAUUUGGCCACCGUUUCCGAAGAUCUUCCACAACACAGACUGGCAGGACCUUUCAAACAUCUUCCAUGUAACAUCCCAAUGCUUCCUUCCUGGCUAUGUAAAUAAGAUCGCGCUAUAAACCGUGGCGGGUUAGAAUUGUAUAAAAACGUCUAUUGUCGAUCUCUUGACUAAUGAGCUCGUGCUGCAGCUCGACACAUGUAGGCGCUGCAUUUUCCGUGGCUUCCUUGUCUUCGGAAACUGUCAAAGAAAGCAAAAUUAGCGCUGUAAAGGACAUCGUUCGAGAACGUUGCAAAUGGAGGGUAAAAAUAUGUUUCGGCAAACUAAAACGCCCAAGAUAAGAUUUUGUAGCUGGCAGAAAAAGGCAUACAAUUCAGAUUAAAAAGUAUGACCCAACAUAUGGCCUUUAAAUAUUUAUCCGUUUUGCGAGUUCCCGAUCAUUGGAAACAGGACAUUGAAUAUUUAUGCUUCACGGUCUGACAGUAUUAAACAAUACCCCCCUCGGAUCGGACUUGACAUUACAAAUAGAACAAUUAUUGGCAUAGACAUUGCGAAAAGUGGAUUAAUAUCAGUUUGCAAUCUUGUUGUAAAUAUGAUUCGUUGAAGAGCCAACUUACCUGGCGUGGAUUUUUUCUUUCGUGGUUUCUCUACCCGAACGAUCUCCCCGUUGUUCACGGUAAGCCAACCGUUCAGCUCCUCGAUUAAACUUUCGUCUGAUAAAAUUCUAA